AUGGCCAUGGACGACUCGUCCUCCGGCUCCUCCGAGCCCACCUCGUUGUCCUCCGUGGAGGCUCCCGCGUCCCCGACCGCGUCGUCCUCCGACUCCGCCUCCGCCGCGGGCAGCAGCAGCAAGAAGCGGCGGCGCACCAAGGACGGGCACCACCCGACGUACCGCGGCGUGCGCAUGCGAGCCUGGGGCAAAUGGGUGUCGGAGAUCCGGGAGCCGCGCAAGAAGUCGCGCAUCUGGCUCGGCACCUUCGCCACCGCCGAGAUGGCGGCGCGCGCCCACGACGUGGCCGCGCUGGCGAUCAAGGGCCGCGCCGCGCACCUCAACUUCCCGGAGCUCGCGAGCGAGCUCCCGCGCCCGGCCACCGCGGCGCCCAAGGACGUCCAGGCCGCCGCCGCGCUCGCCGCCGCCGCGGACUUCCCGGCCCCCGCCAAUGCGGCGGGCGCCGCCAGGGAGGACCCCGACGAUGACGGCCCGGACGCCAGCGUCGCCUCCGACGACGUCUCCGCCUCGACGCCGCCAGCGCUGGACAACCCCGACGACGCGCUGUUCGACCUCCCCGACCUCCUCCUGGACCUAAGACACGGGGCCUCGUCGUGCCAGCUCUCGUGCGCGCCAUCGUGGUACGACGACGUGUGCUUCUCCGUCGCCGCCGGUGCCGGCGCGUUCCGCCUGGAGGAGCCGCCGCUGCUGUGGGAGUACUGA